AUGCUGGGAGUUGUAGUCCCUGACGCCUCUCCUGCUGCCCUCCUGAAGGGGGAGUCCUCGCAUCGGGAUUGUGACCCUCUGGGCUCUGGACCUGACCCUUGCCCCAUCCUGGAGGCUGCUAGGCAGCCCAGAUUAGUGCCCAAGCCAGAGGGUCCAGUCCCAGAUGGAGUUCUUCCAUUGUCUGGACCUGAAAUGACCCCGAAGCCGGGCCCUGUCCCACCCUGUACUUCACUUCCAUUACCCCCACCCCCUCCAGGACCAUCAGACAAGCCUCCCUGGGAGCCACCACCUCAAGCUCCCAUUUCUUCUACAUUCCCUCCUGGUAGCCCUCUGGUUCUGUCUGCUUUUCCUAGUACACUGCUGGUGACAGGGGAUGGGGGAGCAGGCCCUAGUGGGAGUGGGGCUGGUAAGGUCAUUGUCAAAGUCAAGACAGAGGGGGGCCCAGCUGAGGCCCCCCGAACUCAGACCUUUAUCCUUACUCAGACUGCCCUCAACUGGAUUGCCCCAGGUCCUCCCCGUGGGGGCCCUGAAGGCCCCACUCCCCGGUUCUUGGCAGCCACCAAUGUGAAGACCAUUCUUCUUGCUAAGGCUGUUGGGGUGGCCCAAGCUGGUGAAGGAGAGGGACCCCCUACCCAUCCUCCCCUAGCCCCACCACCCACUGCCCAACUAGCUCCUAUUGUACCCCCAGAAAAGGCUUGGAGGGGGCCAGAAGGAACUCCUGGGGAGGGAGGCCCACCCCCUCCUCGUCCCAAAGCCUCUCUGGGUGACCUUUCCUGCACCUCCAAGGGUGUUUAUGAAAACUUUCGUCGCUGGCAACGUUACAAGGUACUGGCCCGGAGACACCUACCCCGGAGCCCUGAUGCAGAAGCCCUUUCCUGCUUCCUCAUCCCAGUGCUUCGUUCCUUGGCCCGGUUAAAGCCAGCUAUGACCCUGGAGGAUGGACUACCACGGGCGGUGCAGGAGUGGGAGCGCAGUAGCAACUUUGACCGAAUGAUCUUCUACGAGAUGGCAGAAAAGUUCAUGGAGUUUGAGGCCGAGGAAGAAAUGCAGAUUCAGAAGGUGCAACUGAUGAGUGGGUCUCAGUGUUUGCCUCCUCCAGUCCCUCCUAAGCUGGAUCCCCCAGGACCCCCAGUCCCUGAGAUUUGUCAGCAGCAAGUUUACAUCCCAAAGAAGGCACCCUCUAAGAGUCGCCCCCCACGCCGUCGCCAACGCCGACCUCCUCGCCCUUCAGCCCCUGAAGCACCCAAGGAGAUCCCACCAGAAGCUGUGAAGCAGUAUGCUGACAUCAUGGCUGGACUGGUAGGAGUCCCCCACCCUGCCACUGGGGAGCCAGAGGGGAAACAAGAGGAAGAAGAAGAGGAAGAAGAGGAUGAAGAAGAGGAGGCCUAUCCUGAUCCAGGUCUGCUGAGUUACAUCGAGGAGCUAUGUGCUCAGGAUGUCUUUGUCUCCAAGGUGGAGGCUGUGAUUCACCCUAGGUUUUUGGCAGAGGUGCUGUCGCCAGAGCAACAGAGGGAUCCCUUGGCCCUAAGUGAGGAACUAGAACAGGAAGAGGGACUCACUCCCACUCAGCUAGUGCAGAAGCGGCUGUUGGCCUUGGAAGAGGAGGAGGAAGAGGAGCCCCCAAGCUGCAGUGGAGCCCAGUCAGACUCUAGUCCUUCUCCGUCUGAUGAGGAGGAAGACGGGGGUGGGCGGCUUCGACCCUCACCUGGGGCUCGUAUGGCCGGGGGCAUUGUCCGCCUGGGGAAGAUAACUUCUCCAGGAAAGCGGGCAAGGGGAGAGGGGCACAGUGGGCCAGACAGGGCAGCAGAGGGCCCAAGGGGACUAGGAAGGGAUGGUAAUACUUUGCCAUCCCCCAGUAGCUGGGACCUUCGGCUAGAGCUCUCCACCCCACGGGUAACUAGGAGCCUUUUAGGGGCGGAGGGCAGAGGGUCUGGGAAAGGCACUACCCUGGCAUCUUUAUAUCAGGAAGGCCACUCAGGGGGGCCCGGAGACCAAGGGGACCAUUUAGUGGCUGAGGGGAUCUUGGAAUCCUCUCCCCAAAGCUGGCAGAAAGGACUUCACUUGGAGGCUGGACCUCCCGAACCAGUCCUCUUCAGUACUUCUCCACAAGGUCAGGGAAUGGGACAACAGGUCACAAGUCACAGGAAGGGAUGCCAGGCGACAGGUCUUGGGAUGCUUCCUCAAGGGAAGGAGCCAUCUUCUGCUCCCCAGGAAGAGACUGUGGUGGGGACUUCUUGGAGAGAUGAUAGAGAAGCUCCCAUGAUCAAAGGCUUUGGCCACAGCCCCUCCUCCAGAGAAGCUGGGGAUAGGGAGAGGACCCCAUUCAGCCCAGCCCCUUGGGUGAGUAGCAAUGAGAACUCCACAAAUUUGGAAGUGGCCCCAGGAGAGACUGAAGGGAUCAGAGAAAUAUCUCAGUAUGUGGAAUGCAGAACAGAAUCCCAGGGAGGCUCCCAUGCCCCAGGGACCCAAAGCCACAUUUCUUCCAUGGGGCAUAGAGAAAGUAUUCCCCUUGAGGACACACAAAAAAGUAUGUCCUCCUCUGGAGACAAGGAUGACACAAGUCCCCUAGAAAACGCUAACUAUUGCAGCCUUUCAGGGCCUCUGAGGGCCAGCAGCCCUAUCUUGGGUACUGGAGGACGCAUCUCUGAAAAUGGAGGGGACCUUAGUGAUUUGUGUCCUGGAAGUAACCCCUCAAUAAUAGAGAGCAAAAACGAUGCCUCCAACCCAGGCUCUGCCAAAAACAGUCUCUCCCUUAGGUGUCAAGACCAUGACCUACUCUCGGGGCCUCUAGAAGGUUCUUCCUUUCCAGGGAUGGGGCAUGAUGUUAGCAUAACAGGCAGUAAAGGAAACUCAUGUUCCCCUCUGUUGGGAACCACUGAGAAUAGCCAUUUACUGGACCUUAGAGAGGACCACGACCGCCAAUUAGUUAUUGGAGUUAACAGAGAGGAUUUUAGCCUACCAAAGUUCAAAGGCACAGGUCCCUUACCAGGAACCGAGGACGACGCUAAUGCACAAGAGCCCAAACAACCAGCCUCCCCUCACCAGUGUCGUGGGGACACCCCCCCAACCCUGGAAACUUGUGACCCUUUGGCUCUUGGAGAUACCUCCUCUCUAGGAAAGGAAACAAUUGAAGCCAUAGAUAGGGUUGGCAAAGAGCAAGAGGAAGAAGAUGAGGAUGAUGAACUUUCUAACUUUGCUUUCCUCUUGGCCUCUAAACUUAGUCUGUCCCCACGGGGGCUGCCCUUCAGUCCUCUCCCUGUCUCUACAAUGGUUAGGGGACCUUGUCGAGCAUCCCGCUCACUGUCUCCAGAGGUUUUAGGCCUAAGUCGACUUCCAUCACCCAUACUCAAGCCUGGGAAACGCUUUCUGGGUUGGGGACCAUCUCCUGUAGACAAAAGGCCCCGCCCUGGGGGUGAAGUUGUUGUUUCUGGGGAACCGUCCUUGAAUUUGGGGGAAGCACGGAACUCACAGUCCCGAAAGAGACACCGUGAGGGUUAUGUCCCUGGGAGGAGGAAGAAGCGGAGGCGGAGUUUGUAGGGGGAUGCCAAAUCAUCUUACCCUCAACCAGUAAUUCCCCAGGGGUGGGUUCUCUGUGGAUUCCGCCCGUGGCACUCAGUCAGAGCUCUUUAAUCUUCUCUCAGCCAUUCCUUUCUGGUUGCUCUAUAAAUAUGGUGAGGUUUCGGGGGAGGUCAGCAACUGACCCGGAUGGAGAUGACCACCUCAGUGAGAAGUAAGAUGUGA